AUGAUUUUUUUGAAAAGAUUUAUCGUUUGGACAUUUUUGUUUAUUGUCACUUUAAUACAGCUUCUGUUAUACUUACCUGACUUCUCAUGUAUAUCGAAAAAUGGAGGUUUACCAAUUUGUACUUCCCAAUUCAAUUUCGCGAUUGUAGAUAGUUCACAUAUUACACAUGAUUUUAUUACAAGUAUUCGUGAACUUUUAAGACUAUUGUCAUACUUAACUAUUGAUAUGGGAUGGUCUAGUGGGUUACCAGCUCCAGAUGCAUAUAAUGAUGAAAAUUUAGUUGAUACAUUCCAUUUGAAUAACAUCUAUAAGGUUAAUUAUUUUGGAUAUUGCAAAAAAAAUGGGAAACAAAAAGAAUAUUGUACAUCAAAUCAUUCUUCAGGAAUGGAUAUCCUGGCAUUAUUAGUGAGAGAUGUUGGUAUUCAAUUGGGAAAAUUAUCUUCCGCAUAUGAGAAUAAUACCGAAAUUUUAGGUGAAUCGUUGGUCUUCACAUAUGAACUAUCAUUAUCUUCUCUACACACAUUUAUUAAGGGUGAUAGACAAAGGGGAAAUAUCUUGCCAAAAAUCGUCACUAACCAAGGAAACGAACAAACUGAUUUGGAGUAUAGUUCAUCAAAAGCAUAUGACAAAGGUGUUUCCCUUGCCUAUGGUUUGAUGCUAUUUAAUGAGAUAAUGUACUUCAUCCAUAUUUUUGAAAUUACUAUCAGUGUUCAUUGUUUUCUAAAUGUCAUUUUAUUUGGGUUUGCUUUGGUUUGGGGUAAAAAACAGAUACUUUUACCAACACUACUAAAAAUAACUAGUUCUUUAUUAUUAGUAUUUGCAUCAAUAUCAUUUUCAGGCAACCUCCUAUAUUUACUACUAUUAAAAAUGUUAGAGCCUGAUCCAACAGGAAUAACUACCACAGGAUGGGAAAUGUUAGAAGUAAAAGCUGGUAGCGGAUUUAUAAUAACAUGCAUCAGAGUCGGGAUUCAAUGGAUUUUCUUACCGGUAGCAUUUAUAACAUCCAAUCAUUAUAUACAGCCCAAAAAACAGCAGACCAAAAUUGAUGAGUUGAAAUCAGACGAUGAAUCAACGGUGAAACAAGUGUGA